AUGUAUGAAGAUUUGCAAUUUCCCAUUGACGUGAACGGCGUACAAAAGGACCAUCCGUUUCUAGACCUAGACUCGUUACAAUCGUUGUUCAGGAGACUGCACGCUCUGAACAGUUGCGCAAACAUGAAAUUGGAUUUUGUGCCAAAACACGCAGGUGACGACUCGGACUCCGAGGGGGAAUGCGCGCUGAGCGAGAACUGGACUUUCCAGAGGGAGUCGAGGAGGUGGUCCAGGGUGGACGACAUCGUCAACACGGCGGUGAUGCUGCAGCAGCAGCUGCAACCGUCGCCGCCCGUCGACCGCCAUCAGCAGCAGCAAAACCACGACCUCCAAUCGUCGCAACAGGUCGGCGUCGGAGGCAAGUUUGGAAGUAACGCCAUGCCACAGCCACCGGUGCAGUCGGCCGAGCAGCUUCAGGCGGCCGCUGCAGCGGCGGUGGCGGCCGACGCGUCGGACGCGGCACUGAUCUCGCGAUUCCGCCGGUCGGGCAGCGAGCGGAUCAGGGACGGGGCCAAGGCCAUCCUGCGCAGGGUGGAAAGUCUGAAGACGAGACGUCGGAAACAGCGCAACCGCGACGGCGUAGUCAUCGGUUCACCGCAGAUCAUAGACAUGAGUUCGAUGCAACAACGGAUGAAGGAACUUAACUGCGUGGACGUGACACCGCCAGAUUCACCGGUGACCGACGACCACACUAAGACCAAACGGUUCUUGGCCAAACCCGAGUCGCUGGACUCGCUGGCAUAUUCCGAUUCAGAACUGUCGUGGAGAAACGAGUACACGGACGCCAACAGCAACAACACCAAGCCGCUGCUGGAUUUCAUGGCCUUUGACGGGAGUAACGAAUUCUCAUCUACCAACGGCAGUCAAGACAGCCGCACGUACAAAAACAAAUACAACGACAGCGUGGAUUCGGUUUCAAGCGCAGUGCAAGACAGCGAUCAAGAUCUAACCAUCAAAUCAAAAGGGUCAGUUGUUCGGUGGCAUAGUUUUCAAAAGACCAAAAAUCGGCCCAAUGCCUUGGCCGGACAAAUGGUCGGGUCGCUCACGGUUGGUCAGCUGUUGGUGUUGCGGAAGUUCGCUCUUCUCAAGCUGACUGCCAUCAUGGAACGGUAUUGUCCGACACACCGGACCGGAUGGAACUGGGAAUUGCCCAAGUUUAUGCGCAAAACCAAAAUGCCCGAUCCCAAAGAUAAGACCGUUUUCGGAGUUCCGCUGAUCGCCAACGUGCAAAAAUACGGUUCGGCACUGCCACCGUUCGUCCAGUCUGCUUUUCGGUGGCUCGAAGACAACGCUCUCGACCACGUGGGGUUGUUCCGGAAGCCUGGCGUCAAAUCCCGAAUACAGCGCCUAAAGCAACUGGCCGAAGCCGACCCGGAGGACGUGAAGUUCGAAAACCAUCAGUCCUACGACGUGGCCGACAUGGUGAAGCAAUACUUCCGUGUGUUACCGGAGGCCUUGCUUACCAACAAACUGUCCGAGAGUUUCAUCGCUAUUUUUCAACACGUUCCGGUGUACUUGCAAAAGGAAGCGGUCCAUUACACGGUGCUGCUGUUGCCCGACGAACACCGCGAAGCCCUGUUCGCGCUGCUCGACUUCCUGUUCCGGGUUUCGUCCAGGAGCAACGUGAACCAGAUGUCCGCCAGCAACCUGGCCGUGUGUUUGGCCCCGUCGCUGUUCCACCUCGGGAACACCGGCUCCUGGUCGUCGUCGCACCCGCACGGCGGCUCCGUCGGCGGGUCAACGCCGUCCAGCCCGGUCACGUCGCACAACCGUUCGUCGUCCGUGUCGCCACGCCGGAACCACCAUCAGUCGUCUGCCGCCUCCGCCGCCACCAUCGGUCUGCCCGAUUCCAAGCAGCUGGGACAGAACAAGGCGGCGCACGACUGCUUGCUGUUCCUCAUCAAGCACUACCGUCAACUGUUCGCCAUGUCAGAUGAAAUCAUGAGUCAGUGUCACUUCAGCUACAUGGACGAAAGCAUACCAAUAAGCCUGGAAGAACUAGGAGCGGAAAUGGGCCACGACUGGAGAGGAUACCUGAACGUGUGUACGUCGGCGUUGCUUAAAGAAGCUAAAGACAAGAACAGGGGAUGGAUGGCCGUGGGCAGUUUCGAGAACGUCGACAUAUCGUACAAGAAGGUCGGCGACGGACACCCGUUGCGGCUGUGGCGGGUGUGCACGGAAGUGGAGGCGCCACCCGCCGAGGUGCUCGCCCGGAUCCUGUGGGAGAGGCACGUGUGGGACGCCGACCUGGUGUCGGCCAGGGUGGUGGCCAAGAUGGACGCGCGCGCCGACCUGUACCAGUACGCGGUCGCGGCGAUGGCCCCGCAUCCGGCCAAGGACUAUUGCGUGGUCAGGUCGUGGCGAACCGAUCUCAACCGGGGCGGUUGCGCGGUCGUCGAGACGUCCGUCGAACACCCGGACGCCAAGCAACCGGCGGCGGGCUCGGUCCGUGGCAUCGUGCUCGCCUCCAGGUACCUGAUCGAACCGUGCGGUUCGGGCCGAUCCCGAGUACUGCAUUUGUCGCGAGUCGACACAAAGGGCAGGACGUGCGAGUGGUACAACAAGAUAUACGGACACAUCACUUCCAAAUAUUUGUCGGCGAUACGAAAAUCUUUCGAACACUCGGCUGACGGUCCCGAGAGCAAAGUAUGA